AUGCGCCGUACCGGCCUUUUUAUCCUUGCGGUCAUCUCGAUUCUAUACCUUCUUGCCCCAGUCACGCUGGCAUUGCCAACGCAUACUUCUUCAUCUCCCUCGAAGCUGGUCGAGCGCGAUCUAAUCAACCCAUCCGAGAUUCCCCAGGGGCAUAAUGACACCAUUGUUUGCGUCUAUCCCAUCAGUGGGCAAUACGGGUUACUCCCACGGCUACUAUAUUAUAUCUCUCUUAUCCUUGGGAUUCUGGGCCGAUACCAACGCUGGCUAGUCAUGGGAGCACUUGCCUCUGCACUAUCAUAUGCUGGAUCUACCGCGAUCCACAUGCUCACGCUUGCAAAGUCGCGAGCUCCAGUGUUCGACCUGGAUAUUGUCGCCGCAUGGGCGGUACUCACGACCGGGUGUGUGGCUUUUGCCGCACUGGUACAUUGGUCGUCUGCGCUGCGACGGUCGGAAGGCAGAAUCGUCAUUCUACUCUGGGGUGCACUUGUUGGAAUAGGCUGCCUUACGGGCCGGGCGUUGAUUGUCGAUGUCCGCACUGGUGUCGAGCCAGCUUGUCGGUCUCCCACCGGAGACCUUUUAACGAGCACCUCCGAACUUGUUUCGUCGCAGUUCAAUUGCACAUAUAAAUGCUUCUCCGCGAAAACACCAAUGCGACAAAGCAGCGAAAUCAUGGCUUUGCCAACGGACCAUCUCCUCGGAACAUAUGCCAACCUCGGCGUUAUCCUGUUGGUUCCUAUUUUAGCAGCGACGCAUAAAUCACUCUCUAUCAACCUAAGUCCGCAUACGCCGUCGUACGGAUGCACGUCACUAGUCAUGGUACACGUAAAUAGCUCAUUGAACAUGCGCCUCUCACAAACCACCUACAACGCCGCCUGCAGAUCCUGGUAUGGCGGGUACAUCCUUCUAUUCCAAUACAUCCGGAAAGUCAAGUUCGGAAUAAGCCUCAAAAACCGUUUGAUCAUAACAGCACUCGGCGCAUUACUGUUCAUCGACCUCCUCUUCGAUCUUGCCGCACUUCCCAUGUUUGUCACAAACAUCAUCUUCAACGAACUCAAUUUAAUGAAAACCGAGCUCCCCGUGGAAGAAAGCCAUGGCUCCGUGGGCCAGUGGUCUCCCGUUGUGUCCGCCGUUUUGAUUCUGAUUGCAUCAGUGAUCAACCGAUCUAUCGGGUGGUGGAAGAGGCGGAGGCAGUUGGGGCAAGAACCGGCAGAGGGUGAAGAAGCCCAGCUCGUUGAAUGGCCAAACCACCAGCAGUCGCCGAAUGGCCCUGUAGGCUAUCAUGUGCCGCAGGAGAAUGGUGUUGUCAUGCGAAAACUGACCCAGCAGGAGACGCUUAGAUUGGAUCCUGAGUUGGGGCCCAAGCCAUCACCCCAAGCUCUCAUUCGUGAACGGACUCCUGUAUAA